GUAGGUUUACCCUGUCUACACGUCAACACUGACAACAGACUUCUCUCUUAACAGAGUUUUACAAAUGAUUCAUUUUCAACAACCUAAAACACAGGGUUAUAGGUUCUUCAGGGUUUACAUCCUGAAAAGGGCUGUUUGUGCAGCUAGGCGUGGGUUGUAUCCCAGCUCCAUUUUUAAUAUGUAGGCUAAGUGUGUUUUACAUUUCAUCAUGAAAUAGCUAUCUGAAUGAAUGAAGGCUUUUUACAUUUUUUGCUAGAGGAGUGCCUUGGAUUUUUUUCUUUUUUGUAUUUUUGGGUCCCCUGCAAAAGAGCACCCUCAUCACGGUUGUUCUGACUUCUGAGCACUCUGGACUUCUCUUCUCUGAACCUAAAAUGCAGUUUGCGUGUGAAUGUACCGCAUGGAAAAAGCUAUUAUUAAACCUUUCCAAGUGGACAAGGCCUUAAACUGAUUUUUAUCUGUGUCUUUAUACAUGAUGUGUCUUUGUCAUUUCUAUGAGUUAAUAAUGGUGUCUGCUUGGGAAUGAAAGAAAACUUAAAAAUAAACACUGACAUUAGGAAAAGAGAAAGAAAGCUGAAAAACAAAAACAUAGUCGAGUCAGGCGUCUGUGGGGGGUUUGAAAAAAGGAAAAGAGGAGUCGGCUGAGGAAUGAUACUUGCGUUUUAUGGGCAGUGUUUGGUUUCAUGUUGGACUGUACAGUUUGUUUUUAAAGAAUCAUGUUCAGUAGUUUCAGUAACUGAUCUCAAAAGGAAAGAAUCACUCACGAACUGCACAGCGCUGGUCGAGAAUCCACAACACUCUGGUCUAACUGUCUUCAACAUGAAAUGUUUCACGUUCCUGCUGUUUCUGUAUCUUUUCUCUCGGUCUGUGGUCGAUUGUGCUGCUGAUGGAAAAGGAUACUUCAUGUACGCCGACUUCUGGUGUGCCUGGUACACCAGAGAGCCGGAGCAGGUGGAGUAUCUCAUCGACUAUUAUUUUAAUGAAGAGUUUAUGAUGCAGUACAACAGCACAGUUGGGAACUGGACAGGCUUUACUCCAGCUGGAUUAAUCUUUGCAUCAAAGUUUAAUAAAGACAAGCACAAUGUUGUGGGGAGGAAAUCAGAGAGGCGGCUGAUAUGUGUCAACCAUAUUGGUUUGUUACUGAAUGUAACGGAGGAGAACAUGGCUGAACCCAACAUCACUCUUACAGAGACCACCACCUCCAGUCACGACACCAUGCUGGUGUGCAGCGCUUACGAUUUCUACCCCAAACAUAUCAGGGUGACAUGGCACAGCAACGGACAGGAAGUGACUUCAGGCGUGACCUCAACCGAGGUGAUGACAAACGGAGACUGGACCUACCAUGUCCACUCUUUCCUGGAGUUCACACCUGGCCAACAGGACAGGGUCAGCUGUGUGGUGGAGCACAUCAGCCUCAGGGAGCCCAAGAUUUCUGACUGGGUUGAUGUGACGUAUCAUCCGCUGCGCAUAGAAUUGACCUUUCUCUAA